CCCCCCCGGUACCCGGGGAGAAGCGGAGGCAGGAGAGCAGUGAUCCCUGUGUCCUCACUGCCCUGCCGGGGGAGGGGAAGCCGAGAGAAAGCUUCCCUGUGGUGUGGUGCAGCCCGGGACUCAGCUGUGAGUGGCCGAACUGACGGGGUGACACUGCCCUGCUACCAGCCUGGCCCCAUCCCACCGCCAGCACCACGCCGUCCCCUCUGUCCCCUGCCAAUGCCAGCAGGUGGAGGCUGCACGCUCCGUCACUGCCCCGGCAUCCCGAGCGUGAGACCGGGCUGUGGGCCCCGCCGACUCCUGCGGGACAGUGGCCAUGGCGGCUGCUCUCUCCACCGGGGCGAUCGUGGCAAUUUCUUUUAACUGUGUCAUCGCGUUGCUCAUCCUCAUCCUCUUCCUCAUCCUCUGCAAAGCCUGCAGGACCCCCUCAUGUCCCAAGAAGACCCCGGCUUCUGAUGUGGAUGAGUCAAGGAAUGAAGAGAAGUACCUGCUGCAGCCCUGAUCUGCCUGGGGACUGGGGUGUCUGAAGGAGUUGUGCCAGGAGUGGAUGCCUGUGCUGCGACUCGAGUGCUGGACCAGGCACGAUGAAAGCUGACAGGACACCCAACUGCUUGCAGGG